AAUGACGGCUAAGCUAACAACAUGAUGUGUCCAGAGAAGCACAGUGUUGGUGCUCUCUGUCUUCGGGUUUGAUCUGUGGUGACGUGUGGCUUCGGCUCGUAGCUCUUUGAUUCUGUUUCCUCCCCGUCUUUCUUCCAUACCCGGCGACAUGCUGAGAGUUUGGACUUUCAGAGCCGGUUGGCGGUUGCUGAAGUCCAACUGGGAUGGAGGUGCCAAACUCCUCAACUCCUCACCUUUGACCUCCAGAUGUUACAGCCAGCUCCCUGCUCAGGGCUCCUUUGGACUUCUCUUCGACAUCGAUGGGGUCCUGGUCCGAGGCAAAACACCCAUCCCCGCUGCCAAGCAGUGCUUCAGGAGUCUGGUGGACAAGACGGGGAAAUACAAAGUGCCUGUUGUGUUCGUCACCAACGCCGGCAACUGCAUGAGGCAGACCAAAGCUGAACACCUGUCGCAUCUGUUGGAUGUGGAGGUUUCACCGGAUCAGGUGAUGCUCUCCCACAGUCCUUUGCGAAUGUUUAUUCACUUCCACAAAAUGCGUGUGCUGGUCUCGGGCCAGGGUCCUGUGGAGGAGGUGGCUCAAAACCUGGGAUUUGAAGACGUUGUUACCAUAGAAGAGCUGCGUGAGGCGUAUCCUCUGCUGGAUGUUGUUGAUCACAACAGGAGACCAAAAGACAACAUCCCGCCAACGAAAGGAUUACGACCCAUCGAUGCUGUCAUUUUAUUUGGGGAGCCAAUCAGAUGGGAGACCAACCUUCAGCUCAUAGUCGAUGUUCUUCUGACCCACGGGAAACUGGACAAGAACUGGAGCUCCAUGCAGUAUCCUCACAUCCCAGUGUUGGCCUGCAACAUGGACCUGCUGUGGAUGGCUGAAGCCAAAAACCCCAGAUUUGGUCAUGGCAUGUUCCUGGUGUGCUUGGAGAACAUUUACAAGAAGGUCACAGGUCACGAGCUCAAGUACGAGGCGCUCAUUGGCAAACCCAGUGUGGUGACCUACAAUUAUGCCGAGCUGCUGGUCAGACAACAAGCGGAGAGUCUGGGCUGGACCACGCCGGUGAAGACGCUGUAUGCUAUCGGUGAUAACCCCAUGGCGGACAUCUACGGAGCCAACCUCUACAACCAAUACCUCCAAGCUGUUCGGUUCAGUAAAGCCCAAAAUCAAGCCACGGGUGGCGUCGACUCUCAGGCGGGCCGGACAAUGACAUCCACAGAACUGGGCGGAGCUUCUGGCUUGUACAGUGCAGAAGAGGAUCUACCUGAAAAGUGCAGCUCCAUCCUCGUGUGUACUGGAGUCUACAGCAGAGACCAGCAGGAGCUGCCGCCAGACACCUCGCACACUGUGACCGAGCAGCGCAUCUUCCACGGCCACCGGGACUUCCGCUUCGACCCCAGCCUCACUCAGCCCUCCUUUGUAGUACAGGAUGUCAAGGAUGCCGUGGAGCUGGUUUUUCAGCAGGAGGGUUGGCCACUGGAGUAGCAGCACAGUAGUCCUAUGCCUGAAUUUACAGUUGGAGGUCGGAGUUCCUACCGAGUUAAGUGCUUCUACAAACACAAGUGCCACUGUUCAGCUACAUGCAGUUUUAACAAAAAGCAUACUUUUAUCAGCUAUUACAGGUUUUAAUGCCAACAACACCUCACCUCAAUGGUUUUUACUUUAACGCUCCAGGAUUCCUGCCAUGCAACUUGGAUUGAGAGUUAACAUGCUAAAUAUAUUUACUUCACUUGUCUUUUCUAGUCACAAACAACGGGGGUUGGGGAGUGAUACUGAGGUGAACAGCCAUGAGGAAAUCACCAUGCUUUGAUUGUGCCAAUCCUUUUAUUCUUCAAUAAUUCUUUGACAAGUUCAAACAAUGCUUCAUCUAGAGUAACAAGUGAUUUCACCAAGUGACCUUUUAAUCUAAAUACACACAGAAUCUUAUUUUCAGAAGUAACCACGAGCUGUUGAGAUCCAGUCCUGAUUUUAUUUUGCGUUAUUAGCGUUGUACAAUUAUCAAAACAAAAAAAAUGGUGCUAUUUAUAAAAGAUGUGCGUUUUACACAUGAUGUCUUGCAAUAUAUUUUUUUGUGAGUGCAAAAUAAUUCAAAUGUAAAACGCUUUUAAAUAAAGUUUGU